AUGUCUGCGCCUUUUGAGGCACAGCGCCCUCUCCUCCCGGAACUGGGUCUGGGUCUCCUCGAAGUCGCCAUGGUAUCCAUGGAUCCAGCCGCUCUGAUCCUCGAUUCAAGAGGGGCACGGGAACGGCCGAGACCGAGUGUCCGCGUCUUUGGAGAGGCGAGCUCGCCUCUGCGCAAGUGCGGCCGAGCUGGAAAGACCCCAGCCGAGAAUGAUUCCGUGCAGGAGCUGGUCUGCAUCCUUGGCGGCAGCGCUCCGGGACCGAUAUUAUAUCAAAGGCGGCUCCGGCCCUUUGGAAUCCUCUUCAUCAACCCCGACGUGCCUACCCCGGAGCCGGCGGCCGGCCAAGCCCUCGUCCGCGUCCGGGCCUUUGGUAUCAACCGCAUGGACAUCAUCCAGCGCCUCGGCCGGUAUCCCCUCCCGCCCCAGGCCCCGGCAACCCUCGGCGUUGAGUUUAGCGGCGCCGCCGCCGGCCACGCUUUCAAGGUCGGCGAUGAGGUUUUUGGCUUGGCGUACGGCGGCGCUUAUGCCGAGUACAUUGCCGUGAGCACGAGUAUGCUGCUCCGGAAGCCUCAGUCCAUGUCGUGGGAGACUGCCGCUGGAAUUCCCGAGACGUGGAUCACCGCACUCCAAGCCCUCACUCUCAUCAGCGAGUUCUCCUCCGGCAAAUCCAUCCUCUGGCACGCCGGCGCCUCGGGCGUCUCCGCCGCCGGCAUCCAGCUCUCCCGCCAGCUCGGCGCCUCCGCCAUCUUCGCCACCGCCGGCAUGCCGGACAAGGUCUCCUACCUCACCUCCGACCUCGGCGUGACCAAGGCCUUCAACUACCGCACCGACGACUGGAAGAACAUCGACGUCGCCGCCCGCGACGGCCGCAUCGUCCUCCUCGCCCUCCUCAGCGGGCCCAAGGUCGAGAACCUCGACAUCUCCUCCCUGCUGUACAAGAGGGUCAGGAUCGAGGGCAGCACGCUUAGGAGUAGGGACGAGGCGUACCAGAGCAAGCUCAGGGACGUAUUGGAAGGGCACCUUCCUGAGUUCGAGUCUGGCAAGCUUAGGGUCCCCAUUGAUACGGUGCUCCCCUGGGAUCAGAUCCAAGAAGCCCAUCGCAUCAUGGAAGCCAACGAGAACAAGGGCAAGAUCAUCUGCACGAUCCCCUGGGCGUGA